AUGGAUCAGGCUGACACAUGCAGCGGCCCAGGCCGCGACGGCGCUGCGCCGCUAGUCUCAGCGCGCUUUACGCGCGGCGCGGGGCUGCGGCCGGGGCUCGAGCCCGGCGACCUGGUUGUCUGGAUUGACCCUGCCAGCCGGCAGCCUUAUGGGGUUGUCAGGCUGCCACCCGGCUCCGAGCCUGCGGCCGUGGGCUCUCUCGCCAACGGCACCGGCGAGGGGGCGGGCGAGGGCGCCGGGGGAGACGUGUACGUGUUCACGCUGCUGGACGCGUCGUCGCCCGGCUUCCAAAAGGGCAGCUGCUGGCUGGAGGUCCACCGGCACUCGCAGGGCCCGCACAUUGGCUUCCGCAGCGCCGCCGCAGCCGGCCGCUUCCUGCAGGCGCGCCGCAGGGCCGCACUGGCCCCCGGCCAGCCGGCUGGCGACGGCCACCCGGAAGCCGCCUCCGUCUCGCAGAACGGCGCCGGGGAGGAGGCGCCGCGCCCGCUGGCGCCGGCGCGCGCGCUGUCGGCGUCGAGCGAGGCAUCGUUUCUCGAUGGCGCAGAGGCGACAUCCUUCGCAGGGGCGGCCACCACGGCGACCCCGGGCGGCGCGGCGGGCAUGGCGGCGUUUGCGAGGCGCCUCGCGAGGAGCAGCCGGCUGGUGUUCUUCAAUGAUAACCUCGGAGUGUACGAGCAGUGGGAGGUGCACCCCUCGGCUGGGCCUGGGCAGGAGGUGGCGGGACAGCGCCCCUGCGGCUGGGCCGACGCCCCCCUGCAGCAGCCGUGGGCGCGGGCCGCUGUGCAGCUGCGCAGCCGGCAGCUUCCGCACGUGCGGCUGGAGGUCGAGCUCGUGAGGGUGGGCGCCCUGGCCUCCCCCCGCCGUGUGCCCUCGCCACCGCGCCGCUUGCCGGCGCCGCCGGGUGCGGACGGCGGCGGCGACGCGCGGACACGCCUGAACACCCUGGAGGCCGUCGUGCUCGAGCAGUGGUUCACCUUUGUGGACGGCGAGAAGCUGGCCCGCCAGGAGGUUGAGGAAGCUGUGGCGCAACUGCUGGGGGAGAUGCAGGAGCUGAGGGAGGGCACCGCAGGGCAGAUGGACUCCCUACGCAAUGAGAUGGCGCGUGAGGUGGACAGGCUGCUGCGGCGUCUGGCGCGGCGCGAGGGUGCGCAGCUGCUGAGCUGUUGA